AAGGAACGAUGGGACAAGGCAUUGAACAUUGUUGACUUCAAUGUUGGUGACUAUGUCAAGUUGACUCAUGAAGGACGCUAUGGUUUGGAGCCUCAGUACAAAGGACCUUAUGUUGUUGUUGCCAAGAAUGAGGACUUUGGUACUUACAAGUUGGAGACUUUACAAGGACAACCACUUGCUUCCUGGAUUCAUGUUGAUCGUUUGGCGAAAGUAAACUUUGACAAGGAGCCUGCUACACCCUGGUUUGACCCAACUUCAAGUCGCGCUGAGUGGCGUUCAAGAAUGCGUUUGCCACCUGAAACUGAUGAAGUCGACAAGCUUGUUGAUGACACCACACAAGAAACCCCAUUGCCUGAUUCCACUGCAAGUUUUGGUCAACGCGAUUCCGGCAUUGUUCGAGGACGAACAAGUGUUUCGGGGGGGAGUAAUGUCGUGGACGAGCUGAGUGUUGGCCCCACGCCUGCCAAAUCGAGACGGAGGUUCAAGCCCAGGAAUCCAGGUCGACCACCACACGUGACUUCAAACAUUCAAUGA